UCAGGCAACGUUGUGCACAAGGGACGUUCUUGAUUCAACAUGCUCCCGAAACCGGCCUGGCUAGAGGAGAAAAGCACGCCGAAGGAUACGCAAGAUGAUGACGAUGAGGAAGAUUACAUGUCCAUGGCCAUCCUUGAACCGCCGCAGCCCAGUAGAGCGAAAGAAACCUACACCCAAAGAUGCCUCCGCAAACAGAGAGAGUCCGAAGCGAAAGCCCGUGUCCCUUCAAAGGCCGAACUUGCCGCUGCAGAAGCUGCCCGUCGCGAUGAGGCUCUCGCGAAAAGUACGCUCGAUCCGUCCAAUAAAGGGUUUCAGAUGAUGGCUCGGCUAGGAUACAAACCAGGAACUGCUCUGGGCAAAGAUUAUUCUGCGGAGCAUCCUUCGGGCCGGAACGAGUGGAAUCGCCGUAUUACAGAACCCUUAAGCAUAUCUGUGAAGGAGGAUAGAGGUGGAAUUGGAAUGGAUACCGAGAAGAAACGGAAAUUCAGAGAGGAAGUGGAAGAGGAGGCAAAAAAGGUGAAAACCGAGCAAGUUGAUUUUAGGGAGAGAGUAAGGCUUGAAAGAGAGGCACGAAGGGCGGAAGCCCAGUUCCAUGCUGCGCAAAAAGUCGCUGAGAGAUUGGAUACGGAAUCCGAAGAGAAACAACAGGACCCUGUAAACGCUAUCUCCACGCCAACAGCUGAGGAAAAAGCCAAUGGCGGUGCUAAUGGUGCAAACCCUGAUGAUGCUAACACAAAGAAGCGCCCUAUCAAGCGCAUUUCACAGAUCAACAUCCUUUAUCGUGGGCUUGCUCGAGCGCGGGAAGAAAAGGUCAUUGAAGAUCAGGCUCAACGGCGACGAUAUGAAUCCCUUUCAUCACGCGAUCAGAGCUUCUUCUCCCGCAAUGCACCCGGACUUCCUACCUAUAAUGACACUGAUCUUGACACAGACGACAAGUUAGCCCUGGGUCGAAAUGCCGAAGGAGAUAUCGUGGAGGUCGAAUGUGAUCUCGAGGAAGAUCCGGAGCUGGAGGAGUUUAACGCCUUGAGCCCGCAGGAGCAGUUGACACGCAUCGUGGCGUACCUGCGUGAGAAACACAACUAUUGUUUCUGGUGCAAAUACCGAUACGAAACCCCAGAGAUGGAUGGAUGCCCUGGCGUAACAGAAGAGCAGCAUGAUUGAUACUUCUGCGAGAUAUACACCGAGCCACCCAUGUUAUUAAGUAUACGAAGCCAAGGCCGCAGCUCCUGAUAGGAGAACUGUAUCCUGUUUGCGUACAGAACUCUGUCCGUUCCGAUAAAUUUUUAAGGAUCAUGGCCACUCAUCUACCAUCAUCAAAUCAAAUGCACGAUAUCAGAUCAUAACCAUGACCUUGGGAGUAGAGCUAUGGCCUUUUCUCUAUUAUAUCUGGGGUAAUUGUUAUUUAAUGCGAAUACUCGCAGAAAUAUAAUCCUGGGAUUUAUUGGA